UUCGGUUCCAUCACUAGGUAUCGUGCGAAGUACGCUCGUCCUCACUUCUUUAAGGGAAUUUGGACAAGGUGAUUUUAAUUGUGAAAACUCAUUUCGUGUUAAACAGAGCGACAUGAGCUCACCCGACGACAUUCCUGGGCCGUCAAAGCAGCGCGCCAAGAAGCGCUCACCACGCUCCUCAAGCCGGGGCUCGAAGUCAAAGUCGAAGUCCUCGUCGCCACACUCGACCAGCAAUGGUAAACAUGAUAAAUCCGCAUCCGGUGGAUCUUCCCUCGGCGGACGUAGUCCCGCCGGCAACAGAAGUCCCGCAUCCGGGGGAUCCCCCAUCGACGGGCGCAGUCCCUCUGGUAACAGAAGUCCCGCCGGCAAUAGAAGCCCCAUUGGUGCCCAGACCCCUGCCGGCGGUCGUAGUCCCAUGGGUGGUCAGAGUCCUGGCGUAGGUCCAACUAACAUGCGCGAUCGCCUACUGGUGGCCAAUGCCAUAGCCUUGGAUGUGUCGGCCGGUGAGUCGACCGCUAGCUCUUCAUCGCCGCAGAUGAAUGGCCACUAUCAUUAUGACUCCGACGAGCUAAACGGAGAGUCUCCAAGUGGAUCGUCAAAUAACAAGAAAAAGAAAAGUAAUGAACGCCGCAUGUCCGGAGAUUCCGCACUCAUGGGCUGGACAGGCGGAUUCCCGAAGCUGACGGCCAUGGCCAACAUUGAUAGCAGCUCGGAUCUGGAGCCACAGUCGCCGGGCGAGCUGCGGGCACUGGGCAGAGGAGGACUGUGGGUGUUUCCAAGAGUGGAACCGCAGGCGGAGACAGCAGCAGGGCCAUCAGAGCCGGCUGAAAUGGCCAAAACGACUGAGGAGCAGCAACCGCAGCAGCAGCAACAAGAGCAGCAGCAGCAGCAGUCGCUAGCAUCGCCUCCAUCACCGAUGAUGACGUCGCCGAUCGGGUCCUCUCUGUCCUCCAACUCUGACUUGAUUAUGACGACAUCAACGCCACCAAGACGUGGACCAAACCAACAACAAGAACAACAACCAGAACCUGAACAGCCAAUCACUUUAGUAACUGCAACUAGUACAAAUCUAACCACAACAACAACUACGACAACUGUCAACAGCAACGCCAACAACAAUGCGAACGCAACUGGUACUGCAACAACAUCGAGUCCAAGAACAACAGCAACCAACAUGCUACAAACAAAUUUAGACAACCAGGAGAAGGAAAUGGAGAAGGAGCAGCCUGCGAAGACAGAUGAUAAGCAGCAGCCGACUGAUGAUGGUGAUGAUGAGGAGGAGCAAAUUGAACCACUGGUUAUGGCCGAGGACGAGAGCACCUCAAGUGUCCCUCAGGUAUUUACAUCGUCAUCAUCGCCGCAGCCGACUCGUCGUUCCCGCAAGCGCGCCUUUAGUCCCAUCGCGAAGGAUACCAAGCUGGCUAAAGAAGACGAUACCAAGAAGAUGGCAGAUGAUGACGUUGAAGUCCCGCUGGACAAAGAUCCCAAAAAAACGGAUGACCCUCCAACCCUACCCGUGUCCAGUCGCUUUGCAAAGCGUGCUAAGUCUCUCAGUGCCGAGUGUAAUGUGCUGCGUCGCACCUCGCGCUUCAGCAGCCAGGAGCUGUCGAAGCUAUCGAAGAAACUGGUGGUCGCCUCCAGCAGCAAGAAACCUGAUGUUAAAUCAGAGACCGCUUCGGAGACUCCUCCCACACCCUCUGCGCUUAAAUUGAAGGCCACCGACGAGUUCUAUCGCCUGCCCUUCGCCUACGGCUGGAAGCGAGAGCUCGUCCUGCCCAGCUCUGGGAAUCCCAAGCGGCGUACCGGUGACGUUUUCUUUAUUGCGCCCAACGGACGCAAGUUGCGCUCACGCGAAGAUAUUGUGCCCAUGCUGAAGGGCGAGCUGACCAUCGAGCACUUUUGCUUCCAGCGUCAGGCGCAGGAGGCGGGACCGGAGUACGAGCUGGUGCGUCGGGCCACGCCCUCUAACGUAUUGCGUAGCAAGUCCCAGCAGGCGCUGAUGCAGCCCGCUUCUUCGCCGGUCACCGGAAAGCGUGUGUCCAAGCCCAAGGUGCCCAAGGGGGCCAGUCCACCGAGCGAGGGCUGGACCGCCACCAUGGCGGUCAAGGGAAAUUCUCGAGUACUUGCCUCCAGCAACGGCAGCAGCCCAGCCGGACCACCAACUGUGAUUAGCUCCACUCGCAAACGAAGCUUCAUGCCCAGACAGACGUCGCAGGUGUCCAGCGACAAGAUCAUGAACUGUCUGUAUUGCCAGGCUUCUUUGCCGUUGACUAGGAGGACCAACGUUUGUCUGAACUGCUCGAAGAUAAAGCGUAAGAAAAAGAGGGAAUCUGAGAAAAGCGAGUUGACAACAGAGCCCCAACCGGAUAUUGAGGAUCUUGAUGACGACCAGAAAUCGAACGAUGAUGAUGACAACGAGAGCGUGGAGAGCCUUUUGGAGAUCGGCGAGGAGAUUGAAGUGCCCGGCCAGCAUCCACCGGCAGAACUGUUCAACAACCUGGGACAUCGACGCUCGCCCAAAGAUCAGGAGGUGGUUGUUAUUGGCGGACGCAAGGCUAUAGCCAUCAAGGCUGAUCCGCCGCCGCGUCGUCCAGUGAAAGUGGUUCCACGCCAGCCGGAUUUGACUGGCUAUGAGAAGAUCUACAACAAGCGCAUCCAGAGUAAGAAUCCAAGCCACGAUUUGGUGGAGUCCCUGGGCGAUGCCCAUAACGGGUGUCAGGUGCUAAUGGCCAUCAUGAAGACGUUGAACCUAAAGGAACGUGCCAACAUGUCCCGUGUGUGCAAAACCUGGGCCAUGGUCAGCCGUGAAAUGAGUGUAUGGCGCUCGGUGAGCCUGCGCGACACCUAUAUCGGUAGCUGGGUGUUUUGUCUGCGCGAACUGGCUCGCCACCGCACUCGCGAGCUGGACAUGAUGGGCGUGAUAAUGGCCAAGCCGCAGCUUCGCUACACCGGGGACCUGCGCGUGCUUAAAGCUUUGCGCGUUCUACGUACCGAUGCAGUGGAUACAGAGUUCCUGCAUUUGGUCUUCCGUCAUCUGACCAAUCUGCUGGAGCUAAGAGCCACUUGUACAACUUCAUCAUUGAACCUAUCCCAUUUGGAGGAGACGGAGGAGCUUCACGUACUUCGCAUCCACAUGACAGAUCCAAAAUCAACCUUGACAUCGCUAUGCUCUUUGGCGAAUCUACAUAAUCUAACCGAGUUGAGUCUGCGUGGAGUGUCCAAUCUAGGCAAGCUGAACAUGAUGUUCUUGAAGGAACUUCCUGGUCUGAAGGUGCUAGCGUUGGGGUCAUGCCAGGACCUAAACUGCAUGCAGUUUGGCAAGCAAGUGCUGCCCACUCUGAAGCUUCUACGCUCGUUCCGCUUGGAAAACGAUCACAAGGGCAUGGCCAUGUUCCCGGUGGACGAGAUUAUGCGUGGUCUGGCCAUUGCGGGUGGUGUAAAACGCCUGGAGCUGGUGAACGUGGAUUUGGACGGCGGAUUUAGCGCCUUGCUUGCCGCCUGUCGCAGUGUUACGGAUCUGCUGCUGACCCCGAAAUGUAUGCACAAUACGGCCAAUAUGACAAAUGCGGUGAUGCAGGCCAUCAGCGAUAAUGCCGAGCAGUUGUCUGUGUUCCGCCUGGGAUUGGUUACCCAGUUGUUGAGUGCCACUGGUACGCUGUAUAAGGGAAAGGGAAAGGACGUGAUACCAGUGCAGCGUCCAGUUCCGGGAAUUCCGCUCGAAGAUCAGAUUAAUCGCUGCUCUGCCGACGAUGAUUGCCAGGAAUUGGACCACGCAGAGUGUGUGGCUUUUCUGCCCGUGGAGCGUCUUGAGGCCAUUCUGCAUCACAUGAUGCCCCAUGCUUGGGUUACCGUGGCCAAGGUGGCCAUGUGCGACACAACCAACAUUCAGUUCCUGCCCCGUCCAGAGGAGAGCAGCGAGGAACUCUUUUAGCCCAGGAUAUACGCCUAGGUGCCAUAAGAUAGCUCAUAAGUAACCUCUUUCAGUACCAGAGAAUGCCAAGACUGACACUUCGAGAACCAUCACACAACCACAAAACCACACAAAUAAUGAACCGUAUUGGAGAACCAACAAGGAAACUAUAUUGUGUCCUUUUGCUUCUCGAAAAAGAAACGGCAAUUUUGAUUUGUGUUGUAAUCUAAGGGAUUUUUGGAUACAUCUUAAAUUAAGCGGCGUUUAAAACGUCUUACGUCACCUGCACAUUGCAUUGGGAAAAUGAACCCACACAACAGCAACGCUGUGUUUUUUUUACCUACGGGUAUACACAUACACAUAAUUUUAAACAUUUGUGAAACAACUUGUAAUAGGAGUUAAACCCAAUAAAGCGAUGAAUCUCCA